AUGUGCCUGCAGGGGGAGGAUGGUCUGCCUGGGAUCCAAGGCCCCCCGGCUCUGCCCGGGUUGGAGGGGCCUCCAGGAGAGAUGGGACCCCAGGGUCCUGCAGGGUCCACGGGGGCUCCUGGAGCUGUAGGACGAGCAGGGCCGGAGGGGAAACGGGGCGUGUCGGGGGAACAGGGAGAGGACGGCAAGAACGGAUCCCAGGGGAAGACGGGUCACGUGGGGAGGAGGGGCAAACGGGCGAAGGCCGGAGUCAGAGGGACCCGGGGAGACAGAGGAUCUACGGGCGAGAAGGGGGACUCGGGACCGGUCGGCCACUCCGGAUGGCCGGGCUUCAUCGGAAUCGCAGGCGUACGAGGAGAGACGGGCGAUCGAGGUGGAAAGGCGAAAGAGGGUGACAAAGGAGACCCUGGACUCUCCGGGCCCCCUGGAGAUGACGGCAUGAAGGGUAUUCGUGGUCUGCAUGGGUUGCCAGGUCCAGUGGGUUUCAUAGGAGAGCAGGGAAAUAUUGGUCUCCCAGGACUGAGGGGAACACCGGGGAUGCCAGGUCUGCCUGGCUUGUUUGGAUUAAAGGGUUUGAAAGGUUACCAGGGUUUUCCCGGCCUGCCCGGCAGGAAGGGGCUCCCGGGCCCGCCUGGGGAACCUGGACCUCCUGGACUGUCCCCGAACAUGACGUUGACCCAGCUCAAGGCCCUGAUGUACAUGUCCGACAGGCCCAACUACCCUCUGCUCCAGACUCUGCUCGACUCGCUGCAGCGGGAGCUCCGGCUGAUGCUGGACCCUCCCGACGGGAGCAAGGAGCAUCCUGCCACCACGUGCCUGGAGCUCUGGGCCUGUCACCCCGGAUACAGCAGCGGAAUGUAUUACAUCGACCCCAACCAGGGCAGCACCGCGGACGCUCUGCUGGCCUACUGCAGCUUCUCCUCCACUUCCAAACAGACGUGCCUUCAUCCUCGAGACUCUCAGUUGCCCAUCAAAGCCUGGAUGGAGGAGCUUUCUGAUGAAGGGUCCUACCAGUGGCUCAGCCGGCUGGAGCGAGGCUUUCAGUUUUACUACCCGGGUGCGAAUGUGGUCCAGAUGCGUUUCCUGAGGCUGCACAGCCACACCGCCGUCCAGAAUAUGACCUUCUCCUGCCACCCGGGACACCGGCUGGGCCAGACUGACCGGGACGUCAAGUUCCUCACCGACUCGAGGAAGCAGAGUUACCUCGGGGCGCUUAAAGACUGCGUGCCUGGAGAGGAGACCCCCUCUGGACCCCGGGAGUCCGUCUUUGAGUUCGAGGACCUGGACCUGCUCCCCCUGAGAGACGUGGCUCUGAUGGGCGGAGCCAACGUCACACACCAGUUCGGCUUCAACGUCGGCCCCGUGUGUUUCAGCUAGAGGUGCUACACAAGCGGUGCCAUGCCAGGACUCACACACACACACACACACCUCUGUUCACGUGAUGGGACACCCAGAGGACCGCUGACCACAGCUCAUCCCCAUUUCAGAAGAUGUCCCUCUGGUUUUGGGGAGGAUUUGAUCUCUCAAGUUGAGUGACUCCGAUAUUCAUGAAUUUGAGAGGACACGAAGCGUCUCCCCGAGGCUUUUUUUGUUGUAUUUCACGGAGAAGUCAAUUUUGUUUACAGAGACGUUUUUAUCAUGUAUUGAAUAAUUUAAAAUGUAUGUCUUUUUUGGUUUUUCUAUCCUUUAAUAUCCAAUGUUUUUUUUUCUUCUGUGUUUUGAUUUAUGUGAGUUAUGUAUUUUGGGCUUCAGUCACA